AUGGAAGACUUGUACAAAGAUCAUAUUUCAUCACUAUAUCUUAUUUGCCCAACUAUCCCUCCUCGUUUAUUAUAUCCUGAUCAAUGGUGGGAAGUUAUUCAAAGACUUUGUGGAUUGUGUCACACAAUACCCUACAUACCAAUUGAAAUUCAAAAUUCAACUCUAAAUCAACUAGAAUACUUAUUACUGCAGUUUAUGCAAUCAAAUCCUUCAAUUUUAGCAAUUAGAUGGAUUAUGAAUACUUACACGCUAAUACAUAAGUACAAUCUUAUGUCAAUUGGACAACUUACAAUUGAAAUGAUGAAUUUAUUAUUUAAAUAUACUGAAACUGACUCAUCAACUGUAGGAAUGGGUAUUAACAAAGCAUAUAACUUAUAUGAUUCUGAUACAUCAUAUCUCUUAGAUAUAUCUAGUACACAAUCUGAACCUUUGUUGCCAAGUAAUAUCGUAAUUGUGCUUUAUAUUUUGCAAUAUCUCUUUCAUAUGGAAUUACCUGAAACACGCUCUUGCAUACCUGGAUUUAUUAAGUGUCUACCUUGUUUAAUUUGUCAUGUGGAUCAAAGUCUCAGAGAUGCAACUUACGAAUGCCUGACAACUGUUAUAUCUGUUGGAAUACCAGGAUUUUCCUUAGCUGAUUCAAUUCUUAGUUUAACAAUUGAGAAUUUAGAAAAAUUGGUGGAAUAUGAUGAUAUUACAAAUAUGGAGAGGAAUUUAGAAUGUUUUUUACAGAUUUUAUGGCAAUACCCAAAACUUGCUGAGCAAAGGCAAUUAGAAAUUCUACAAUGUGUCAUCGACAUUUGCUGUACAAUAUAUAAUGAUAAUAUAUAUCUAAUAAAUUAUAUGAAUAUUAUUAAAUCUACAAUUGAGUUAUGUGCAUCUUGUACAGUUCUGGCUAAUUCUCCAGAUUCAAAUAAAGAUAUUAUAUAUUCUAUAAAUUUAUUAAUUGAAAUUUGUAACAAUUCUGUAUUUAUUUCUGGUUAUGGAUCAUUACCCGUAUCAGGUGAAUGCUUUAGGAUAGUAUUUACUGGAUCUGUAUGUCGUAUUUUAGAAAUUUAUUUGGAAAAAUUUAAUGUUAGUUAUAAUGAUUUAUUUAAAGUUUGGGAUAUAUUUAUAUUAUUAAUUCAGAAAUAUUAUAUACAAAAACAUAUUACCCAAAAUAUCAAUUGGUUAUCAAACUGUCAUUGGGUAUAUCUUCAUACCUAUAUAAUGAAGAAAUUACUAAAAUGUGUAAUAUACUCACUAAUUAUCUCAAUAAAGAAGCAAGAUUCUCAUAAAAGUAAUGUUGAUCCAUAUUUAUGGAAUAAAGGACAAAUUUUUGAGUAUAUUCAGGGUUUAUUACAACCUCUAAUAAAUAUUUGUCCAAGAAUAGCUAUAGAAUGCAUUGAAUCCUUAGUUAUGGAUGAUGUUCUUUUUUGGACUGCUGAUAAUGAAGUUUUAUUAGUGUUAAUUAAAUGGAUUAUUCGAAUUACAUCAAUUGAGAAUUCUGAAACAUCAGUAACCACUUUGAUAGUUGGAAGAAAUAUUGGUAUUUUAAUUUCAAAUGCGAAACCAAUAAACUUUUGGACUGAAUUUAUUUUUGAAAAGAUAUUGCAAAUACACACACUUCGAAACUCUAAAUUUUCAUUUGAUGAAGUGAAAGAAAUAUUCCUUCAUGACACACUGAUUCUGAUGGGCAUUUUGAAUAAUACAAAAUGUUAUAUGCUUUGCCUUAAUAUUAUUUCAUAUUUAGAAAGAAUUAUUGAGGAUCUGACUUCUAAGAAGCUUUGUACAGAUACUGAUGCUUUAGAGUAUUAUAGAAUAGAUGAGAUAGUGAUUUGGAUUAAUGUUUUUACUUUGCUUGAUAUUUGCCUAUCAAAUAUCUUUAAAUUUUUUGAAGAAGGGAUGAUUGAGGAAGAAAUAAGAUAUUCUGUCAUGGAUAACAUUACAAACUCUUUUAGUUUGAAAACUCAUAUACUAAGUGUUAUGCCAAUAUUGCAAGAAAUAUUUUCAUCUGGAGCUAUUGAAGUACUGAAAACUAGUAUUCAAUCACUAAAUGAGUCAACCUUAACAUUAAAAAAUAGAAAAUUUGAUGAUUAUAACUCUUGGUUUAAUGAAGAGAAUGAUGAAAAUCCAACACUAAUUUUGUUUUUAAGUAUCAAGAAUACUCUUUGUUCAAUUUCAUUUUCAUUAAGUUAUUUAAUGUCAUUAAGGAAAUUUACUGAGUUUCUUUUAUUGCAAAGACUCUGUAAUGAUAAUGAUGUAUUGGGCACUGAUAUAAAUAAGCUCAAAAAUAUUUUAAUUGAAUAUUCUUCAUUAGUCUUUAAAGAAAUAUUACCUCUCAUUCCACUAUCAUGGAGUCUAAGAUUUCCAAAUUUUGAUUCAAAUUCAUUUGAAGUACCUUUUUUCCAAUCACAGGAGCACUUCCUUUUUCCAUAUAUCGGGCAACAAAACUGUAUAUCACAUAAUAUUCAUAUUUCAACUUUAAUAGCAAACAUGAAGAUGUUGGUAUAUUCUCAAGUUUAUGAAUAUAUGCAGAGCCAGAAAAAAGAUCAAGAUAAAUUAGUAUUAAAUUUAAUUAAAUCACCUCUAGUUAUAGAAAAUUUAAUGCAAGAUUUAAUUCAUAGUUCAAUAGCACAUAUAGAACUAGAAGUUCCUCAUAGCAUGCUUCCUGGAAUAAAAAAGUCUGAUCUUGAAAAUUUGGAAUUCAAUUUUAUUGGGGAAAUGUUCUACUUUUCCGAUAGAUAUUUUGAAUGGUCUGAGAUCAGUUUGGAAAUAUUAAAUCUACGAAUGGUUGAAUGUAUGAAAAAAGAAUUCGAAAAUAGUAAUAUACUUAAAAGAGAACAUAAGGAUAUAGAAAUUAAAUGGCGUUAUAAAGCUUCCAAAUUGCUUUCAUAUAUUAUUUUAUAUAAGGCUGAAAAUAAACUUAUAGAUGAAGCUCUUGAAAUAAAUAAAUUACUGACAAAAAAUCUGUUUAAAAAAACUAUCUCUCACCAUGUUUACUGGAAUCAAAUACUACUUGAAUCUGAAUAUUCAAAUUUAUCAUCAAAGUUAAAACUAUUUUCUAUAUUUGAGGAUACUGAUGAUGUAUCUAUAUCAUUGUUCUUAAUAGCUGCAAAAAAGUGUACUGAUCCAGUAAAAGAUAUUUCCAUUUUACCUAUUUUAUCUAUUCUAUGGGUCUAUAGAAAUAUUAUUGAAGAAUUUACUAUAAUAAAUAUAAAUGAUAAAAUUAAUUAUAUCCCUUUGAUAUUUCAAAUGUUCACUUACUUGCUUAGAUACCUCUUUGGUUUAAAGGAUAAAGAUAAAGAUGAAGAAGUAGCUACAUCAAAUAAAUUCAAACCUCCAAGAAUUAAAUCUUGUUUUAUUAGAUACCUUUGUAUUCACCUGAUAUGUAAAUUAGUUGAGCUUUUGAAAAGAUCUAAUGGAAAGUAUACAUGUAUUAAUGUUCAGUCAAAAUUAAAUAAUCUUAUAGCUUGGUCCAAUUGUGUUACUUUACAAAUGAACAAGUCAAUUGAUGAAAGCGAGACAUUGUUAGAUAUUUAUCUUUUAUUUGGGCUUCUGAAAUCCAAAGUAUCCUAUGAUCAUGAAUUAUACCAUCUUUCAAAUGUAUUUUUGAAGGACCACUUUACACGUGUGGUGUCUGAUAAGCAUCGUGCAAUAUUACUAUGUACAAUGGGUAACAUUCCUAUUUCUAACAAUUCAGUCUUUGAAAAAUUUUUAGCUUUGCCUACUUUGGAAGAAAAUAACUUGGAAUUUUCAUCUUAUGUAAAAUUAGACAAGGAAUUUUUAAACUUGCUUGGUGAGUACCUUUGUAUUAGCCACAACACUAGCAUGAGAAAUUCUGGAGUAGCUAUACAUGUAUUUAAAAAUAUCUCAAUAUUUUUAGAAAACCAACUUAAAACAAUGUUAUUUGAUUCAUAUCUUGAUAUGAAUUUUUAUUAUUGCAACUUGAUUAUUUGCUCAAGUUUGUCAAUAAUAUUUCUAUCAAGAAUUCAUGAAAUAAUCCAGAUUGGUGACUUAAACUACUUUUAUAUACCUACAAGUUGUCUUUGGAUAUAUUCAAAAAAGGUUAGAAGCCUAAUAAUUCAAUUAUGGAGAUUUUAUCUUCACUAUGGUAAAAGUGUAUUUUUCUAUACAUUUAAACUAGAGCAACAUAGCUCAUUUGGAAUAUCCAAUCUAGUCUGCAAGCUUCCAUCGUUUGUUCUUCUGUCAUUUAUUAUUUUAAAUAGCUUUUACUUUAUGAAUAGUUUGGAGAUAUUAUUGGAUUUUUCAGAAGGGGAACUUUGCAUAUUAUAUAACUGCACACCGGAUAUGAUCUAUGCUAUUAUAAACUGGCUUAUAAAGUCCAAAAUUAAAUCUGAAGAAAGUUUGGUUGUACUCAAAUCGUGCAUUAAAUUGCUAGAUAAUAAAUUUUGCGGAAGUUUAAUUGAUAAUCUAAUAAGUAUUAUGCUAAUAGAUUGCAAUUUUAUAUCCAAGCAAAAUACAGAUGCAGUGUCUAAUCUAUACAUGGGGCCUAGAAACUUUACAUUAUUUGAAAAACUUUUAAAUAUAAACUCAAAUAGUUGCAAUUUUAUUUUUCCAAUAUAUAUUCAAUUUAUGAGUUUUAAUAUGAAAAUUAAUACUUUCAUUAGUUGUAAAGGCCUCAAAGAAUAUAUAUUUAGCCAAAUACUAACAGUAUUAUAUGAAGGCCUAAGUAAUUUACAGACUUCUGAAAAAAGUAAGAACAAGAAACUUCAUAUUCUUAAAGUUAUCCCAGAUAAUGAGAAAUUCGAUCUAUAUUAUAGCGAAGAUCUCAAUCUAUUAACUUUUUCAAGGCUCUCCUACUUUAUAAACAAUUACAAGCCCUACAAAAAAUCAAUGUAUGAUAUAUGUCCACUUACUAAAGUACUCAAAAACUAUUAUAAGAUAUUUGGAUAUAUAUAUCAUUACUUAAAUUCUCACAAUAUACAAAGUAUAAUUAUGGAUAGUUUAAUUAAUGAGAUUUGUGUUGAUCAGCAUGAUCAGAAAUAUAUAAUACAGAAUUCUCAAUGGCUCAAAUACAAGAGAGUAAUAUUUAAUACAAUAUUAAAAAUAUUUCCAUAUCAAGAUAAUAAAACUAAGGAAUUAGUGUUUCUCACGCUACUAAGCAGUAUCCAAAAUGUUACAAAUUUGACUGAUCAAUACAAAAACUUAUUUCAUGUAUACUUUCUCAUAUAUGGAACUCAACUAUUUAUUGAUUUGAUAAAAAUUGAACUUUUAUCUAGUGAUAUAUAUACUUCAAUAAUAUUUUGCAAUACAGAAUAUUUACUUAAUCAAAUCUUCACUUUUUUCUCACUUUUAAUAAAAUUCUUUAAGAGUUUCUUGGUUAAUCACUUGGGUUAUCGCUUUGCAGAAUUAAAACUUAAAAUAACCAAAUGUAUAUGUAAGUAUGGAACACUAAUUGGGUUACUCAAGACGAAAUUAAAAGUUAAUGAAGUUGAUUUAUUUAGGGAAAUUGAUAAAGAAUUUUUUAAUGAAAGUAUUUUGGAUUUAUGUAUAGGGAAUUUGAUAUGGAAUUACUCAAAUGUAAGCAGCUACAAAUCGUCAUUGGCAAAGGACCAAAUCUUAUAUAGCAUGUACCUUGAUAAUUUGAGAUUUAUACCCUCUAUUAUAUUUGUUUGGUUGAAUUGUAAUUUUUCUAAUUGUUGGAUCCAGAAAUUACACAAAUUAAUUAUACUUUGCAACGAUAUAUUGUAUGCAUGCAAUCCAAAUAGUCACUUGUUCGCAUACAUGCAUAUAUUUUGCAUGGAAUCAUUGGAAAUGGUUAGUAUACUAAAGAAUCAGAAUUUUAGUAUUUUAAAAAAUAAGAUUAUACAAAAUUCUGAAAUAAUACAGUUUCAAAAGCAUUUGAACUCAAUAUGGUUAUCAGUAGUUCACUUAGCUACUCAACUUCUGUGUUGUAAUUUUAAUGUACAAAUUCUAACUAGUUUAAGAGAAGUGACUAUGUAUCAAAGGCUCUAUAAAUAUAUAAUGGAAGCUUUGUAUACUCAAAUAAAUGAGAAUAUUGAACUAGACAAUAAUACUGAAGAAAUCAUUUUGCACUUUUUUAAGCUAACAACAGAAACAUAUUUAAGAAUGCACACAAGCCCAUAUAUAGUACCUACAAGUAAUAAAACCACUUUAAACAUUGAAGAUGACUUUCUGAAAUUAUGGAGAACUAUUAUUAAUUGUUUUUGCACAAUUCCUUGCUGCUUUGAAUCUUGUUUUAGUAUUUUUGAUGAGCUUCAUAAAUUGUCAAUAAAUGCCAUUAUACCUAUAAAUAAAUAUGAUGAGUUUUUAUAUAGGCAUAUAAAGCUAGUAAUAAACUUAUAUAUGGAGACACUGCAAGUUGUGUUGGGAUAUUAUAAUAUUUCAGAUACCAAAGAUACCUAUAGUUCUUGCUGUAUAAAAGACCGAAAAGUAGCACCAAAUAUAAUAAAUAAGUUUUUGAAAACUAUUUUUCAAUCCAUAAAAGUUAUGCUUUUUGCUCCAUUAUAUGUUGAUAAAAGAUAUGACAAGAUAUUGAAAGAAUUUAUGAGUUCUAAAGAUUUAGUGUUUCCAAAUUUUGAAAUCCUCAUGAAUUACCAAUACUUGCUGCAAAAGGAGAUUUUAAUACUUUUAAAUUGCUUAUCAGCGAAUGAAAAGUGUUUUAUAUACCUUAUAGAUUAUAUCAUUCCAUUUUUAAUACCAAUUGGUUUUUGUUAUGGCAUUGAAUCUCCUACCAACAGUAAGCUAGUUAUCUAUCCAAAUAUUGAAUUAGUAUGGGAAAUAGUAGAUAAUCUAUUUUCUACUUAUGAGCAUUAUCAAGAAAAAGAUCAACAAAGUUACUCAGAUAGCUUUAUAUUACUAACUCAAUACUUAUUAAAAUUGUCAAAUAUGUGUAUUAAGAACGAAAUAAGUCCUGUAAUUAUACCCUCCGCAAUAUCUUUAUUAUGGUUUCAAUUGCAACAUAAAUCAAAAAGAAAUGAAAUCAGUGAAUUGCUUGGGAAUAUGGGAAUUGAUGCAACUAUUGAACAGUUGUGGCCAAAAUCUGGUACACUAUGUUUCCCAAAUCAUGACCAGCUUUCAAUUCUUGAGUUAUGCAAUUCAAUUUCAAUAAUUCAAACAGUAGAGGUAAUGAAGACUAGAUUGGAUAGAAUUAUAGAAAAAUACAGCAAAUUUUUUUUAUUGCAAUCUUCAUUAGUUUAA